GUCUGCAUAAAACCCGACCACUCAUUGUUCAGCCGCUAGCAUCAGCCCUCUCUCUCGCUCCGGGGACUCGGUCGGUCGGACGACGCUUUCAUGCAGCCAUCCAACUCCUCCAUCUCCAUCAGUCUGUCUGCUUGAGGUAACCCCUCGCCCCCUCCCUUCCCUGUUCCAUCUCCUAAGCGCCUCUUCCCGCCCCCUACCCCUCCCCCCCCACUAACGCUCCCACAGAACCCUAGCCCAGCGGCCCUCUUCCUAAAUCCCUGUUAGGAAAGCAAGUUUCUCGCCUCCUUCUGCAUCUGUAACCUACCUGUCCAGGAGGGGGCUGACCAAACACUUGCUUGAAAUCCCAACGAUGUCGUCCAUCUUACCGUUCACCCCUCCGGUGGUGAAGCGCCUGCUGGGUUGGAAGAAAUCUGCCAGUGGCUCGGUUGGAGCGGGUGGGGGCGGAGAGCAGAACGGCCAGGAGGAGAAAUGGUGCGAGAAGGCUGUGAAGAGCUUGGUGAAGAAGUUGAAGAAGACAGGCCAGCUGGACGAGCUGGAGAAAGCAAUCACCACACAGAGCAACAACACCAAGUGUGUGACCAUUCCCAGCAAUUGCUCUGAAAUUUGGGGACUGAGUACACCAAAUACGAUAGAACAGUGGGAUACCUCAGGCGUAUACAGCUACCCUGACCAAACCAGAUCCCUGGACGGCCGUCUGCAGGUGUCUCACCGUAAGGGGCUGCCUCAUGUCAUCUACUGUCGGCUGUGGCGAUGGCCGGACCUACACAGCCACCACGAGCUACGCGCCAUCGACACCUGCGAGUACGCCUUCAACCUCAAAAAGGACGAGGUGUGCGUCAACCCCUACCACUACCAGCGGGUGGAGACACCAGUCCUUCCUCCUGUCCUAGUGCCAAGACACACGGAGAUUCUGACUGAGCUGCCUCCUCUGGAUGACUACACCCAUAACAUUCCUGAAAACACCAACUUUCCUGCUGGGAUUGAACCCCCUAACAACUACAUACCAGAGACUCCUCCACCAGGCUACAUCAGUGAGGAUGGAGAGACCAGUGACCAGCAGUUGAAUCAAAGUAUGGACACAGGCUCUCCUGCAGAACUGUCGCCGAGCACGCUCUCACCCGUCAAUCAUGGCAUGGAUCUGCAGCCGGUGACCUAUUCAGAACCUGCCUUCUGGUGCUCCAUAGCCUAUUAUGAGUUGAACCAGCGGGUGGGGGAGACAUUCCAUGCCUCACAGCCCUCCCUCACCGUGGACGGCUUCACAGACCCCUCCAACUCGGAGCGUUUCUGUCUGGGACUCCUGUCCAACGUCAACCGCAAUGCCACUGUGGAGAUGACCCGCAGACACAUAGGCCGAGGAGUCAGGCUGUAUUACAUUGGCGGAGAAGUGUUUGCUGAGUGUCUUAGUGACAGUGCCAUCUUUGUUCAAAGCCCCAACUGUAACCAGAGGUAUGGCUGGCACCCUGCGACCGUCUGCAAAAUCCCCCCAGGCUGUAACCUGAAGAUCUUCAACAACCAGGAGUUUGCUGCCCUCUUGGCCCAGUCAGUGAACCAGGGCUUUGAGGCUGUAUAUCAGCUGACCAGAAUGUGCACCAUUCGCAUGAGCUUUGUCAAAGGCUGGGGUGCUGAGUACAGACGGCAGACUGUGACGAGCACUCCGUGCUGGAUCGAGCUGCACUUGAACGGUCCACUGCAGUGGCUAGACAAGGUUCUGACCCAAAUGGGCUCUCCCACUGUCCGCUGCUCCAGUAUGUCCUAAUCACCAAGACAACGACCCCCACCCUUGAAAAUGACAAAUUCUACAAUCACAACAAAUGACAACUUAGAAGAACAACAGACUUGCUAUAAUCCCCCUCAUAGUACUUGUCUCUCGCUCUCUAUCUCUCUCUUUAUCUCGCUCUCUCAUUCCUGACGUUCUCACUGUUCGGAACUGAACAUGGCACUUGCUGUCACAUCAGCUUCAUGCACCUUUUAAUUCUUUUUUUUUUUUUUUUUUUUUGGUUUUUUCCCUCCUAAAAUCCUCAAUAUUAAAUGUAUUAGUGAUAGAAUUUGAAAUGUAUAUUGAUUUUGAUAUAUAUUUUUUUCUUUUAUUUAAAUGAAGACCAGGGAAGGUGUUUCUGUAAUAGAGAAGUACCAGAAGACAGCUGAUAACUUGGCACAAAUGUUUCAGUAAAGCAUUCCCUCCCCUCGAUGAAGUGACCACACAAACUUUUUGCCGUAAAUAUUUCUUUUUUACUUUUGCUGGCAAAAAGUCAUAUUCUUUAAGCUUGAUGUCAUUGCUGAGACUAUUCAACAAGAUCAAAGUUUUAUUGUACCUAGCCCCUCCAAAUCUUCAAUUCUUGACAGUAUUGCCAAAAGACACCUUAAUCAUUUACAAUGCGCCCAACCACUAUAAAAGAAUGUUGCCUUUGUUUUGAAGUGUGCUGUUGUAUGGCAUGCUUCUUUUUGAAAUAUAACGUGAACAGAUAGGAAUGUUUUAACAAAAAGGAAACCAAGCAAAAACAAAAAGGAAAAAAAAACCUGGACCAAUUUUUUUUUUUUGUCCCCAAUAUCUGUAGAAGCCCGUAUUGCCGCUCCCUGCUGCCGUUUUGUUCAUUAGGUGAAAUGCUCACUAGAUCGCCGUGGAGUGCUUUUGGAGUCUGGUUUCCUUUUCUUAGAAAACGGUUUCUUUUUAAGUAUGAGCAAAAAUAAAAAAAAAAAUGAUCACACAAUCCAAAUCUUUCAAAAAAAAAAAAUUCCAACCUUUUAAGCUUUAAGUGUUAAUAAAGUAGGUUAUUCUUCACAAUCACAAGAUUUUUUUCCUUUAUCUUUCUUUUAGCUACUUUUUGUAUUUUCAUGUAUUUUUAUAUAUAAAUAUAUUUAAAAUCUUUAAUGCUCUCUUCCUUUUUAUUAGAAUUGAAUAUUUUUUUAGAUCAUGCCCUCUUUUUAACGCAACAUGGCUUCAUAAUGAAAUGUCCUAUCAUACGAAAAAAUUGUUAGUAGAACUCUUUCAUGAACAGUAUCUUUAUAUUCUCCUCUGUUUCCAGUUCAAGCUGUUGUCUGAACAUCUUGCCCCUAAUAUUUACCUACCUAUUCAUUUUUUUAAAUAUGCCUCUGGCAUGUUUAGGUUGUUUUUAUUUCUGUUGUGGUUAGGAAAAUCUUUUUCUUUUUUUUCUUUUUUUUUCGGCUUCUGGACAAGACACUUUGCCUGCACUGGAUGCUUUUCCACAACCUAUGGUUCUUCAACGAGGAAAACAUCUACCUAACGUCAAAUGUUGCAGAAACAUGGCAGUGUUCUAUUUGCUUGCAAUUGGGGAAAAAAGACUCUUAAAAACGAUUCGCUUCUUACAAGGAGAUUUGUGCAACUUUAGUGUGUGUGCUCGUUGUACAACUUACUAAUGACUGUGAUCUAGCUGUCUGCCUUUCUUUACUUGUUGUGACAGUGGCAAGAUGUUUGAAAUAUCCAUUCCCCUUCUCCUACCUUUUGUCUCUCUCUUUAGUUUCGUUGAUCUUAUUACACUUGCGAUUGUACUUUAAGUGCAACUAGUAUGGAGAAGACAAAGUGAUCAUGGCCUGUGUGAAACCUGAAGCAGAGGCCAUUAAGACACUGGGAACAUUCUGCUUGCCCUUUUUGACUGGGUGUGGAGAGGAUACCAAAUAGAACUGUUAAGUGGCCCAGACAUAUAUGCAUAUACAGUAUAUGUGUAUAUAUAAUUUUAUUUUACUUUUAUUUUCUUUUUUGGCAAAGCAUUUAACAGUUGGUGAGCUUAUUUUACCAUUAGAGAGAUGUAUUGGUAGGACGUGAACGUUAUCAGGCGAUAAGCUUUUCAGGCGUGUUGCAUAUGCAGACUUCAUAAAUACACUAAUAAAAAGUUUUAAUUCUCAUGAA